AUGGCGAUUGGCCUGGCAGCUCUGGGGCUCCUCGCUUUCCUGCUCGGCUGCUCCGGAACCUUUGCCGAACCCCAAAACUCCAAGUCGCGCGUCAAGUGCUCCCUCACCGGCAGAUGGGAGGAUGACCGUGGCUACAGCAUGGAGAUCGACAGCGUCAGUGACACGGGGCUGUUCAGAGGCACCUUCUAUUUCGAUACGACACUUAUGCCUUACAUGUUUUCAAACCCGCUGCUGGGCAUCCAGCAUCAGGGGCUCCCGCCCAUCUUUGGCUUCGCCGUCCUCUAUGAUAGUGAAAUCGUUCAGUUUUUGUUGUGGAAUCGAAGACACGUGACAGGACCCAGAGCCGUCUUUGUGGGCCUGUGUCUGGUGGACUGGAAGGGAAAGGAGCAGCUGAGGACAACCUGGCUGCGGCGUGAGCCCCCGGAAUCCGAGGGAAAGGAUUGGGGGGCGGCCUGGGCUGGCUCCAGCAUCUUCUACCGCACAGAGUGGUGA